CUCUGGUGGAGAGGAGAGCUUCUCACUGGGAAAGAAGGGGAAACAGAGAGUGAGAGAUCUCUUUUUCUCUCUCUCUGCAAGGAAGAGACAAAGCCCAAAAAAAAAGCCAGAAAUACAGAGUGGGGGUCAUUUUUUGAGGGGGGUGGCUCUUAUCACCCCAGCCUUCUGCACGCGUUCAGCUCUGCACAACUGUGUUCCUAGAUGGAGAGCAUGCAGGGAGAGGGAGAGGUGGACCGCCUGGAGCGCCCCAGCCCCCUGACUGACAGGGAGAAGGUAAUGAUCCAGGACACCUGGGCCAAAGUCUACCAAAAUUGCGAUGAUGUUGGAGUGGCCAUACUCAUCAGGCUGUUUGUGAACUUCCCCUCAUCCAAGCAGUACUUCAGCCAGUUCCGGCACAUCGAGGAGCCCGAGAAGCUGGAGAGGAGCACGCAGCUCAGGAACCAUGCUCACAGGAUCAUGAAUGCCAUCAAUACGCUGGUGGAGAGCCUUGACAACUCAGACAAGGUGGCCUCAGUGCUGAAGCUGGUGGGCAAGGCUCAUGCACUCAGACACAAGGUGGAGCCUGUUUACUUCAAGAUCCUGAGUGGUGUAAUACUGGAAGUCCUAGGGGAGGAGUUCCCUGAGGAUGUGACUCCAGAGGUGGCCGCAGCGUGGACCAAACUCCUGGCUGUAGUCUGCUGGAAUAUCAAAGCUGUCUAUGAGGAAGUUGGCUGGUCUAAACUGUCAAGCUCAACCGGCUGAAGUUUUUAAUCUGGGUCUAAAUGGACAAGAACUAAGCACGAUGAACACUCAGAGACUGCUACUUUGUUUAUCCACAGAUUAGUGAAUUCUUGAAUUACUGAAUUCGUUGGCUUCCUGUGGCCUCCUUGACUGCUUUCAGUCUGGUUUUUGUCCUUACCGCAGUACUGAGACAGCGCAUAUCAAGAUUUUAAAUAUUAACCUAAAUGCUGAUAUGGGUCUUGAUUCUUGGAGCCUACUAUUAGAUCUCAGUUCUGAUUUUGAUACUAUUGACCAUAAAAUACUCUUAGGUAGACAAGAAAAUUAGAUUGGGUUGUCUGACACAGUCUUGAAGUGCUUUAAAUCUUUCCUCCAAAACAGGAAAUAUUUUGUUUCAAGUGGCGGCUUUGCAUCUUUCCGCAUACAGUAGGUGUGGUAUAAGGUGUUCCUCAAGGUUCUAUUUUAGGUCCUCUUUUAUUCAAUUUUUAUAUAUUACCACUAGCCAAUAUUAUUUAAAAACACAACUUCAGCUAUCACUCCUAUUCAGAUGAAACACGGAUUUAUGUAACCCUCUCCCAAGGUAAUUACGCAUCACUACACCCUCUCUUAUAUUGCAUUGGAUGUGUGUGAAUAUUUUACAGUUAAUAACAAAACUGAGAUUAUUGUAUUUGGUCCCAAGGACUUGAAAGUCCAAAAUCUCAGCAUUAUUGACUCUGAUUUGAACUUUGAAUCUCACAUUAAUUUAAUAACUAAAUCAGGCUAUUAUCACCUGAAAAAUAUUGCCAAAUUAAAUAAUUAUAUAUCUAAGGUCGAUCUCUAGAAAUAUUACUCCAAACCUCAGAUCACUACACUGGUUGCUCUUAACCCACAGAACAGAUUAUAAAAUCCUGUUCUUUGUUUAUAAAGCAUUAAAUGGCUCGGGGCCAAAAUACAUCCAAGAUUCUCUAUUACCAUACAUACUCAUCAGCACUCCCAGGUCAUCUGAGGCUGGCAUUCUUUCUAUUCCAAGAGUCAAAGCAAAACAAGUCAAAGCAAGCUUUUAAGAGGAAGUUGAAGACUUUCCUAUUUUGUUCUGCAUGCUAAUUAUCCUUGUUCUCAAAAUUACAAAUGCCCUUGCAAGAUUGCACUUCUGAAUGCAUUUUCCUUUUGAUUCUUUUUGUAAAGCACUUUGAUCUACAUUGAUUUGUAUGAUGUUGUGCUAAAUAAAUAAAUUUGCCUUUGCCUUUACUUUUUAGGCCUUGGCCUUGUAACAGAGGGAUCAUUUGACUAUACUGACCAUUGAAGACUGUAUCUUUCCAGAGCUGAUGUGCUAGAUGGGCCCAUAUGCUCUUAUGUAAACGUUAAGAACCUGUCCUGUGCCCACGUGGAUAGCUAGCCACUGAUGAUGGAUUGUUUUUAACCCAAGUGUCUGUGUGUGCAUUUGCGUGUGUGUCUGCACUAACUUACAGGAGAAAACUGUAAAAUAUUAUGCCAAGGAUGGACCGACUAACCUAACAAAAAGUUAAAGCCUAAUGUGUUACUGUCUCCUUGUUUUUGGAUCCUUCUAAGACCAAUGAAGGACAUGGACAAAUCCAAAGAAAAUGCAAAUAUUAUAAAUCCCACUACUGGACAAGAGGUCACAUUUAUCUAGGUUGUGCCUUCUACAGAAUGUGUAGAUCUUGAGACUGCCAUAUAAAUGUCAUUCUUUCUACAUGUUGUGUGAUGAUUUGCUGAUGUUUUAUUUUACCUGGAAUGGUUCUCAUCUGCCGGGAACUGUCAGCUCACGUCACCACACAGACGUGAAUGAUGGAAUGAUAAGGAUUAUUGUGAAGGAAUCAUUGUAUACAGAGAUUUUUUUUUUUACAUUAUAAACAGUUCGUUGUGUACAUGUUUUUCUUUAUAACUCACCUUUGUAUCUGUAUUAAACAGUAUUUUUGAGGGGAAAAAACUAAAUUAAAACCCUGUGAUAGGCUGUGUUUUUCAAUCCGACUCAAUUUAUAUCUGCCUUAGUUUGAUUCCUCAGCAUUUCACCUUACAAAUGUGUUAACAGACAGACUUUUCCUUCCCUCUCCCUGCCAACUGCUCACUUAUUCUCAGUCUGAGUCAGUGUAGGUGGCUCAGCUGCCGGAAAACAGUAUUUGUACCCCAGUUCUGCUAACAAUGGCCUCUGAAUCCUUUUUUAUUAAAUAUUAUGGGAACACUAUAGAUGGCAGUCACAAUAUAUAAGCGAGUAAAUACAGUCAAUAUCAAAAUCUGUAACAUCUGGACUGUAAACAUCAGGCCAAAAGCCAUUUAUAUGCAAUGUUAAAUGUACAGCAAAAUGUAAACUUGUAAACUUAAUUGUAUGUAAAGCUGACUCCUGCAUUUCAUUUUUGUACACUGACAAAGCGUCUGUCAUUUGUUUGUUUGCACUUGACCAUAAAACA